AUGAAGAAAAAAAUAAUCUUUUUCUCCAGUUUCGUUCAAAACUUAGAAACAAUGGUCGGUGUUUCAUUGAGCAAUGGAAAUAAACCCGAUGAUAAAGAACAAUUAGUCGAAACCAAUAGUGGCGAUGUUCUUGUUACAGUUUUGCCAUUCAAAGGUGAACAAGAUGACAUUCCAAUGCCACCGGUUGAGGAGGUUCGUCGAAAACAGGCAUCCGUUCUGUUCGGAUGUCUUUCGGCCUUGUUCAUGUUGGGAUGUCUAGUUAUUGGAACAUGGCUUCUGUUCGAUUUCGUCAAUCGUACAGAUCGUACAUGGCGCCGUACAUGUCGUUUUCGGGUCAAACCAAUGGACAGCGAACCGGAUAAUCGAGUUUUCAUUGACCAUGGCGGUUUGAAUGCGUUCGACGAUGGCAAGAACCAACUUUUACCUAUGUUAACAUCACCAGCCAUGCAGCAAGAGUUCAAACAGGACGUAAAUGUAGAUUUAAAGAAGAACAUUGAAACAAUUGAAGUACCACAAAUUGGUUUCACAAGCACCGUUCGUAUUAUUGAAGAUUUCGAUCAUAACAUCACUGCUAUUCGGGAUUUCGGCGUAAAUAAAUGUUUUAUUAUGCCACUUGAUCGCCAACAUGUACCAAAUCCAUCGAAUCUUAUCGAAACACUUUUAGCCAUAAUGUCAGGAUCAUUCUUACCUGACAACGAAGUUCUACGUAAAACAAUGAAAGUUCAAACACCAGCAUUGACUGCAAGUGACAUCGCAGCCUAUGGUCCAGUUGUGGGUAGCACGUGCACAGAAGAUAUCAAAACAUACCGUCUUGUUCCUAAGACAGCUGAAGAAAUGAAAAAUCGUCGUCGCCGUUCACCAAACGCUUUAGCGUUCAUGUAUUCAGUUGGCAAACGCGCAAUUAUGUUUGAUAUCGAUCACUAG